AUGAGGCGACACCCACUGUCCUUAUAUCAUAUCCUUAACCUCCCCCCUGACGCAGUAGCAGCAGCAGCAGCAGCAGCAGUUGCUGCUGCUGCUGCUCCCCCUGCAGCAGCAAACAGCCAGGCAGCAGCCGCCACCCCUGCUGCUGCUCCGAAGCAACACGAGCAGCAGCAACAGCAGCAGUAUGACCAUCUCUUGCUGCAGCAACUGCUGCUGCACACCAGGGAGGACAAGCAGCAGCAGCUGCAGCUGCAGCAGCAACAACUGCAGCAGCUGAAGUUGGAGCAGCAGCAGCUGCUUCUGCACACCAACGAAGAACAGCAACAGCAGCAGCAGCAGCAACUUUAUUCACCCGCAGCUCAAGGCACUUCAUCGCAGCAGGCUACACACCGCAGUCUAAGACGGCAGCAGCAGCAGCAACAGCAGCAGCAGCAGCAGCAGCAACAGCAGAUAAUUCGUCGUCGUGUUGCAGCAAGGCAGCAGCACGCACAAGAAGAGAAGAGAAGAGUCCAACAGCAGCGCCUGCUGCAGGAGGAGCAACGAAAGAAGCGACAAGAGCUGCAGCAGCAGCAGGAGGAGCAGGAAUUGCUGCAGCAGCAGCAGCAGCUGCUGCUGCAGCAGCAGCUGCGGGCUCUGCUGCAGCUGCAGCUGUCCACUGAACUUGAGCGCCAAAGCCAAGAGGCGGAGCAGCAACGCCUAGUGCGGCAGCAGCAACAGCAGCAGCAAAGCCUGCUGCGAGCAGCAGCAGCUGCAGCAGCUCUGGCAGACAAGAAGCGGCAGCAGCAGCAGCAGCAGCAGCAGCCGCUGCUGCGGCGGCUCAUGGUACGCAAGUGUGAGGAGGAGCGUGCGCAGCGUAUGAGAGAGGCUGCUGCAGCAGCAGAAGCCAAGAGGGCCCAAGCAGCAGCAGCAGCGCCAGCAGCAGCAGCAGCAGCAGCAGCGCCAGCAGCAGCAGCAGGAAGCAAAUUCAUCAGCACCGCUACUCGAAGGCGGCUGCUGCAGCGGCAGCAAAGCUGCAGCGAGAGCAGCUACACUCACCUUGGGGACUUGUCUCACAGCGUGCAUCUUAGCGAGGGGCUUCCAGCAGCAGCAGCAGCAGCAGCAUCGGAAGCAGCAGCUGCAGCAGCAGCAACAGCAGUACCAGUAGCAGCAGCAUUAGUCACAGGGGCUAGCACAGCAGCAGCACGUGCGACAGGCGAAGCAGCAACAGCAGCAGCAGCUGCAGCAGCAGCACCAGAAGCUGCUGCUCCCUGCCAUUCAGCUGCAGAGAGGACCAGCAAGCCGCAAGCUCGCCAGCAGCAGCAGCAGCAGCAGCAGCAACAGCUGCAGCACAGCUGCGGGGAGCAGCAGGAGUCAGAGGAGGAGUGGGAGCUGCAGCAGCUGCAGCGGCAGCACAAGUUGCUGCUGCGGCGGCUGGAGCUGCUCCAGCAGCAGAAGCAGCUUCUUGCUGCUCGUGUACCCAGGGAGUGGCAGCUGGGUAGCAGCAACAAACUUAGUGCUGCUGCUGCUGCUGCUGCAGAUCAGGAGAACGUCGCAGCUGCUGCUGUACAACCUAAGUUGGGUGCUGCUGACGCACCUGCUAGUUCAGCGGCUGCUGCUGCUGGUACUGCAGCAGCAGCAGCUGCUGCUGCUGCUGUUGCUACGCCAACAAAACUGCGUGAUAACGGCGCGGCAAACGCAACGCCUGCUGCUGCUGCUGCGCUUGCUGCCUCACCUGCUGCUGCUGCUGCUGGCGCUGCUGCUGCUACUGGCGCUGCUGCUGUUGCUGGACCUGCUGCUGGCCGGCCUGCAAGGGCCUCCCCCAGCAGCUGGCUGCAGCAGCAGCAGUUCCCUCAGCAGCAGCAGGAGCAUCGGCGAUGGCAGCAGCUGCGGCAGACUAACCAUAACCAGAAGCUACACCACAACAGCAGCAGCAGCAGCAGGAAACGCAGCAGCAACUGCUGCAGCUGCCGCUGCACCAGCGCCUUCCAGCACACCACAGCAGCAGCAGCAGCAACCGCUGUGGAGAGCAAAACCGCAGCAGCAGCAGCAGCAGCAGUGGAGUUAAGCUUUCUGGGCAGAACAGCAAAAGCGGCCAGCAGGUUGAGGGAUCUGCAACAGCCGUUGCAGCUGCCGCAGCAACAGCAGCAGCUGCAACAGCAGCAGCUGCAACAGCAGCAGCUGAAACAGCAGCUGCAACAGCAGCUGCAACAGCAGCUGCAACAGCCCAACUUUACUUCUGCUGUAGGUAGUGCUGACGUAGCAGUUUCCAACCGAGCAGCAGCUGCAGCAGCAGCAGCUGCAGCAGCAGCAGCUGCAGCAGCAGCAGCUGCAGCAGCUGCAGCAGCAGCAGCUGCAGCAGCAGCAGCUGCAGCAGCUCCGGUUAGCCGAAGCUGCGUUGCUGCUGCUGCCCCAUAUUAG